AUGUUCGAGUCUCUUGUUGUCCGAGAUGGCCUACGGAAUGCUCCCGCUGUGUUUCAGCACUUCUUGAAUGAAAGUUUUCGAGAGCUGCUGGGAAAGGGAGUAGUAGUCUACAUAGAUGAUAUACUCAUCUACGGUCAAACGUUGGAAGAACUGAGGGGAACUACGGCGAAGGUGUUUGAAGUGCUUCGGAGGUCGAAUUUGUUCGUUAAAGCUAGUAAGUGCGAGUUUGAGAGAGAUUCGGUAGUCUUCCUGGGGUUCGUGGUUUCACAGAGGGGAAUUUCCAGUAACCCGGAUUACAUCGAUGCUGUCGUAUCCUUUCCCCGUCCUAAGAACUUGCGAGAGAGUAGGGGAUUUAUGGGAGUUGUCAGUUAUUAUCGGCGUUUUGUCCCCAACUUCUCCAAGAUUGCUAAACCGAUCAAUGACCUCACCAGGAAAGAUGUGCCGUUUGUUUGGGGAGUAGAGCAGGAAAGAGCCUUUAAAGAAUUGAAGGAUAGGAUGUGUAGGGCGCCAGUAUUGGCUCACUUUGACCCUUCAUUGAAGACACUACUACAAACAGAUGCGUCGUUCUUCGGCUGGGGUUUCAUAAUUUCGCAGGUGAACGAGUUAGGACAAGAGCAUCCGGUGGCCAUCGAAUCCGGAGCGUUCCAGGCGGCGCAGUUAAACUAUACGGUAGGGGAAAAGGAGCUACUCGCUAUUGUUGAAGCUUUCAGGAGAAGGAGACACUUACUACUACAGGUAGAGACUACAGUUCUCACAGAUCAUUUAAAUUUAACUUACUGGAUGGAGCCUAAGCAGCUUAGCCCCAGGCAGGGUAGGUGGGUCGAAGAGCUCUCUAACUUCAGGUUUAAGAUGGUGUAUCGACCGGGAAAACAAGCUACACUGCCGGACGGACUGUCGAGAAGAGCAGACUACCACUCGGGAAAA